GACAUCCCAACCCUAAGGGACAUUGGGGGCAUCCCAACCCUAAGGGACACUGGGGACAUCCCAACCCUAAGGGACACUGGGGACAAGGAUGUCACAGCCCCUAAGGACGAGGACACCAAGGGAAAUCGUGUCCCAACCAUGGGGGAUGAGGACCUUGGGGACAAGGAUGGUGGGGACAAGGAGGUCCCAUCCCUCGUGGGCACUGGGGACACUGGGGACAAGGAUGGUGGGGACAAGGACACCCCAUCCCUCAUGAGCUUUGGGGACAAGGAUGGUGGGGACAAAGACAUUGGGGACGAGGAUAUUGGGGACAAGGAGGUGCCGUCCUUCAUGGGCGUUGGGGACAAGGACAUUGGGGACAAAGAGGUCCCAUCUCUCAUGGACUUUGGGGACAAGGAUGUUAGGGACAAGGACACUGGGGACAAAGACAUCCCAUCCCUUGCAGGCUUUGGGGACAAGGAUUUUGGGGACAAGGACGUUGGAGAGAAGGAUGUCCCAUCCCCUAUAGGCUUUGGGGACAAGGACUUUGGGGACAAGGAGGUCCCAUCUCUCAUGGACUUUGGGGACAAGGAUGUUGGGGAGAAGGAGGACACGUCCUUCAGGGACGUUGGGGACACUGGGGACAAGGAUGGUGGGGACAAGGGUGUCCCAUCCCCUAUAGGCUUUGGGGACAAGGACACUGGGGACAAGGAGAUCCUAUACUUCAUGGGCGCUGGGGACAAGGAUGUUGGGGACAAGGAGGUCCCAUCCUUUAUGGGCGCUGGGGACAAGGAUGUUGGGGACAAGGAGGUCCCAUCCUUUAUGGGCGUUGGGGACAAGGACAUUGGGGACAAGGACAUUGGGGACAAGGAGAUCCCAUCCUUCAUAGGUUUUGGGGACAAGGAUGUUGGGGACAAGGACAUUGGGGACAAGGAGGUCCCAUCCUUCGUGGGUUUUGGGGACAAGGAUGUUGGGGACAAGGACAUCCCAUCCUUCAUGGGCUUUGGGGACAUUGGGAACAAGAUUGGGGAUGUCCCGACCUCAGGAGAUGUUUGGGAUGAGAAGGUUGGGGACGUCCAGGUCCCGGCCCUAAGGGACUUUGGGGACAAAGAGUUUGGGGACAAAGAAUUUGGGGACAAGGGCAUCUCAUCCCCAAAGGACUUUGGGGGCAGGGAUGCCCCAACCCAAGGGGACAACGGGGAGGAGGAUGCGGCC